AUGGGCCUGGUCAAAACCGAAACGUAUGCUGCUCAAUAUGACGAAGUACCCAGUCAUCCACGAUGUUCGAACGUCUCCUUUGUGUGUACAAAUUAUGCGUUCAAAAUGAUCUCUGUAGAACUGGAGGCGUUACGAUACGAGCCACUAUGCGGCUGGCGUUUUCUCGGGGUCGUCGUCUUUCUCUCUUUCUCCUAUCUGGUCUUUCAAGCUGUGCAAUACUAUCGUGAGGCGUCUGCCGCUGCCGCAAGUGAAGCCAAGGACCUAGAGGCUUCCUCUGUCACUGACACCGAUACCGAGCGCAAAUCCUGCAGUAUUACCGAUGAUACGCCGCCGCCUGUGACGGAGGAGACAUACAAACCUGGCCCUGAUGAAGUCGUCUUUGACGCCCAAUCCGCGCACGACGACCGCGCUGUGCAACAGGAACCACAGUCCCCCGCGAUGGCACACCAGGAUUUCUCUCCGGCCAACGCAGACCUUGGCUCCCCGGUGACUGGCACUCUCGACUCCAGCUGCACGCCCUCCCUUGCGGGCUCUUCCUCCACCGACUCGAGUGCAUCACUUGCGUCCCAGUCCACGGGCGGCCUGUCGCCUUCCUGCUCCUCCCCCGGCCUCGUCGACAUGCUCCUCAGCGCGCUCAUGUCCGGCGACGAGGAGCGCCUCGCGGCAGCGAAGGCGAAACUGGCGUACAACCCCACGGAUGAUGAGGACUGGGAGGCUGACAGCGACUGCGCGGCAUCUGUGUCCUCGUCCCCGUCGCGCGAGCCCUCGUGGGUGUCAGUGGAGGUCCCGUCCCUCAGCUAUGCAGACUCCGACUCUUCAUGCUCGGCGGACUCGCCGUCGGUGUACUCGAUAGAGGCCGUCUCGGUGCACUCGGUGGACGCUGCUUCGACAUGCUCGCAGGACGCGGGCCCGGUAUGCUCGAAGGAGACCACGAAGACGGGCGUGCCCUACCUCGACUUCCUCCUCUCGCUGCCGCCGCCGCCAACCUACGACACACGUGUUCCUCGGUCUCCUAUAGUAGUCAAGACAAAGAACGUCAAGCCUGAGCCUGAGCCUGUGUUCACCUCCUCUGCCUCGUGGCGCUCCUCGGUCGACGACUUCGGAGCCGUGGGACUGGCAUUCUAG